AUGAACUUGUACCACAAUUGUCCUGCUGUUGGAGAGAUCACCAAAGUGACUGCUAGGUGGUUGGCACAUGAGUGUGAGCAACAGUUAAGGUCUGACAUAAACACACUAGUCCAGGCAAUAAUGGACAAUUUGAAGAAAAAACAUGGAAUUGAAGUGUCCAUUCACAUGGUCUACAGGGCAAGGAAAGCAACUAAGGAAGUUGUCCAAGGAGAUCAGAGGGCACAAUACACUAGGAUAAGGGAUUACCUCCAAGUUGUGUUGGAUACCAAUCCUGGAAGUAGAUGCAUUGUUACAACAAAGCAUUUAAAGACUUGUCCUAGCAAAAACCCUAGAUUUCAUGGCUUGUUCAUGUGCCUCAAUGCUUGCAAAGAGGGCUUCAUAAAUGGUUGCAGACCCUUCAUAGGUAUUGAUGGUUGCUUUGUUAAGUUGACAAUAGGGCAACAAAUAUUGGCUGCAACUGGAAGAGAUAGUAAUAACAACAUCUUUCCCAUUGCAUUUGCAAUUGUUGACAAGGAAGACACUGCCAGCUGGUCCUGGUUUCUAACCCAGCUCAAGUAUGCUCUUGGUGGUGAGUCAGGGAACUAUGGCAACUACACUAUCAUAUCUGAUAGACAAAAGUGCCUUCUUAAAGCCAUAAACAAUGUCUUCCCAAAUUGCCCUCAAAGAUACUGCCUUAGACAUAUUUAUCAGAACUUUCAAACAGCUGGCUUUAGAGGUGAAGAGUUAAAGAAGUAUAUGGAUCAGGCUAGUUAUUCAUAUACUGAGCAUGGUUUUGAUCAAGCAAUGGAAGGCAUGAAAAGAGAGUGUGAGGCAGCUUGGAAAUGGCUUAGAAAGAUACCCAAGCAUACAUGGGCUAGACAUGCCAUGGAUAAAAAUUGUAAAACUGAUUUGGUUGUUAACAAUAUUAGUGAAGUUUUCAACAAAAUGAUACUUGAUGUGAGAGGUAAACCAAUUAAAACCAUGGUUGAUGGCAUCAGAACUAAAUUGCUAGUUAAGUUCAAUGCAAACAGGACCAAGACUGGGACAACCAAGUGA